AUGGAAGCGCUACCUUAUAAUCUCGAUCUACCAGCUCACUGGUUGCAAAACAUGGCGCUGUUCGCAGCUGGCGGUGGCGGUGUGAGCGGCGUGGGUUCCGUGGCCGGCGGAUUGUAUUCCCAGAACAUGGUCAUGGGCUCCUGGUGUCCGCCUUACGACGCGCUGCAAAGGCCUACUGCUUACGAUGGCGUGCUGGAGAUGUGCGAGGAGGGGCGCGAGUGCGUGAACUGCGGCGCGAACAACACGCCGCUGUGGCGGCGCGACGCCACGGGCCACUACCUGUGCAACGCGUGCGGCCUCUACCACAAGAUCAACGGCGUCAACCGACCGCUCGUCAAGCCGAGCAAGCGGCUGGAGGGCACCGUGCAGAGAUGGAUGAGUGUGGAGGGCAUGGCCAGGGGCAUGAAGAAGUCAGCACAGCGACGGCACGGCCAGUGCUGCACCAACUGCGGGUCUCGGAACACCACACUGUGGCGUCGCAACAAUGAUGGGGAACCAGUUUGCAACGCGUGCGGACUUUACUACAAACUGCAUGGAAUCAAUAGGCCAUUAGCGAUGCGUAAAGAUGGUAUCCAGACCCGAAAACGCAAACCAAAGAAGUCUGGCAACGGAACGAAACCUCCCCAGGACAAUAACAAAAAGGAUGACCAUAGUUCUCCUGGACUCGAAGACAGCAAACAAAGUGUAGGAGAAAUGCCUCUUCCUCUACCCUUGACGCAGUCGAUGUCUAGUCACAGCCAGAGCACGAGCAAGCCGCAGUCGCCGCCGGCGCACAUCCACGCGCACGCUCAGCACGCGCACGCACACGCGCACGCGCAGGGCGCCGGUGCGCAUGCGCAGUACGCGCUCGGCCUGCCCGCCGCGCCCGCCUUCCUCUCCAACCCCUCGCUGUUCAACAUCAAGAGCGAGCCCAGCACCGCCAACGGAUAUGAGUCUUAUUCCGCUCACUCCGGCGGACACUACCACUCACAACAGCACUACCUACACGCCUUACAGUACGGCCUCGGUAAUGGUGAGGAAGAAGAAGGCAGCGGGUUCCUGCACCAGCGCAAUGUGACAGCUCACGCCAAGCUUAUGGCCUCCACGUAG